UAUUUUUAACCAAAGCACACUUCAAAACUGGGUAUCAUCCUCCACAAACCCCUGUAGCUUCACUGGCAUUACAUGCAAAGGAUCAAGGGUCUCUUCUAUAAAUCUCACAAACACUAUGCUCAGCAUAGAUUUUGGCUUGGUUUCUUCUUUCUUGCACAAUCUUGAAAACUUGGAGAGUCUUGUGUUGAAGAACACCAAUCUCAGCGGAAAUAUUCCAGAAUUGAGUUUCAAAGUUCUGUCAUAUUUGGACCUUUCUGACAACAAUUUUUCUGAAAUAUUUCCUUCAUUUCAAGACUGCUCUAGUUUACAACAUCUUGAUUUAUCAUCAAAUAGCUUCAGUGGUAAUAUUGAUGCCUCCCUUUCUUCAUGCUACAACCUCAGUUUCCUCAAUCUCUCCAACAAUAUGUUUGAAGGUGGUGUUGCAAAGCUGCCUAGUGGGAGUUUGCAGCAUUUGUACCUAGGAGGAAAUGAUUUUCAGGGGGAGCUUCCAGUGCAUAUUGGAGAUUUAUGUACAACUCUUGUGGAAUUGGACUUGUCUUCCAACAACUUUUCAGGUAUGGUCCCUGAGACCCUUGGUGAUUGCUCAACCUUGGAACUUCUAGAUCUCUCCAACAAUACAUUUUCUGGUGAGUUGCCUGUUGAAACCCUACUAAAUUUGACUAGCUUGAAGACAUUGGUUUUAUCAUUCAAUAAUUUUGUGGAUGGCUUGUCUGAGUCAUUGUCUAGCUUGGUAAACAUAGAGACCUUAGAUUUGAGUUAUAAUAACAUCUCUGGUUUGAUACCCUCUGGGAUUUGUAAACACCCUAAGAAUAGCUUGAAAGUGUUGUACCUUCAGAAUAAUCUGUUUACUGGUCCAAUACCUGACAGUCUAAGUAACUGUUCCCAAUUGGAAUCUCUUGAUCUUAGCUUUAAUUACCUUAAAGGGAAGAUACCAUCAAGCCUCGGGUCCUUGUUGAAGCUCAAGGAUUUGAUGAUUUGGUUUAAUCAGCUUGAGGGGGAAAUCCCAUUGGAGUUAAGGUACUUGCAGUCUUUGGAAAGUCUGAUUCUUGAUUUCAAUCAGUUGUCAGGGUCAAUCCCUGAAAGUCUGAGCAACUGUACUAAUUUGAAAUGGAUUUCUUUGUCGGAUAAUUUGUUGAGUGGGGCUAUACCAACUUCAUUAGGGCGCUUGUCUGAUCUAACCAUUCUUGAGCUGGCAAACAACUCCCUCUCUGGGAGCAUUCCUGGUGAAUUGGGGAAUUGCAGCAGCUUGUUAUGGUUGGAUCUCAACACCAAUUUCUUGAAUGGGUCUAUUCCUCCUGCUCUGUUCAAACAAUCUGCCAAGAUUUCAUUGCCACAUGCCUCGCAGCUAUUUCGGUAUAUUUGGCAUGAUAAAGUUGAGCAGUACCACAGUGUUUCAAUAAUAAUAUUUAACCACAACGGAUCCAUGUUUUUCCUCAACCUUUCAUACAAUAAGUUGGGAGGCAGUAUUCCGAAGGAAUUAGGUUCCAUGCAUUAUCUCUCUAUUCUGAAUUUAGGGCAUAAUGAUCUCUCUGGUCCAAUACCUCAAGAACUUGGAGGCUUGCAGAACGUUGAAGAUCUUGAUCUAUCAGACAACCGACUCAAUGGCUCAAUUCCACAAACUUUGAUCAAUCUCACAUCUCUUUCGGUUAUUGAUCUGUCUAAUAACCAACUUUCCGGAAUGAUACCUUGUUCAGGUAAAUUUGCAACAUUUUUAAGAGAAUGGUUUGCGAAUAAUUCUGGCCUUUCUUAUUGCCCUCAUCCUCAGUAUGCCCCAGAACCAAGUCCAAGUUUAAGUUCAAUUUCUAAGUCAAGUGGAUCAAAGCAGAAAAAGCAUUACAUCAUUAUAGGUUGUGGUGUAAUUGCAGGGGUACUUAUUUGGUUAGUAACUCAGUUACUCGUGAUCAGAUUUACAAGGAAAGGGAGAAUGGAAAAUGAUGGAGAAGAAUGGAGUAUGGUUUCAUUUCAAAGAUUGGGAUUCAACAAAUGGGAUAUUUUGGGUGGUUUGACAGAUCAAAAUUUGGUUGGAAAUGGAGGGUCAGGAAAAGUAUAUAGAGUGAUAACAAAGAAAGGCAAAAAAGUUGCUGUUAAAAGUAUAAGGCAUGAACCAAAGCAAGGGCAGGGAUUAAUGGAGAAACAGUUCCUAGCAGAGGUUAAGAUCCUUGGGGGAAUUUGGCAUAACAACAUAGUCAAAUUGUUAUGUUGCAUCAGAGGAAAGACAACAAAGCUUCUUGUGUACGAAUACAUGGACAAACAAUGCCUCCAUAAAUGGUUGCAUGGAAAGAAGAGAGGCUUAACUACUCAAGUCUUGCAGUGGGAGACAAGGCUAAAAAUUGCUAUUGGAGCUGCACAAGGCCUCUGCUAUAUGCAUCACAAUUGCAAUCCACCCAUUGUUCAUCGAGAUAUCAAGUCUAGUAACAUACUCGUCGACUCUGACUUCAAUGCCAAGAUUGCAGACUUUGGACUAGCAAGGAUGAUGGCGAGUGGAGGAGAUCCAGAAACAGCAUCUGCGGUUGUGGGAACCUUUGGUUACAUUGCCCCAGGUACAUUUUUUUUAUAUCUUCAUCAUUUCAAUUCCAAAUGAUUUUUAUACUUGCAAAAUCACAUAUAUCAU